CUUGUACGGCAACCGAAUGAAAAGCUGCAACGGUGGAUUGAAGAGUGAGCGGUGCCUGCAAAUUUAAAGUAUUUUUGGUGGAGGAUGCGGAUCUCUCGAUGUGUCCUGUUUCUGGUAAAAAAAAUCGGUAAUAGCAAGCCGACGAUAUGGCGGAAUCAACAUACCUACAAGAUGGCCACUUCAGCCAGCGCCGGCCUCAACAAGGUGGUCAAGAAGAACUACAUGGAGCUGCCGCAGGACGGCAAGGUGCAGGCCAUGUACAUCUGGAUCGACGGCACAGGAGAGGCGGUACGCUGCAAAACCAGAACCCUGGCGCGGGAGCCCAAGAACAUUUCUGAUCUCCCAGAGUGGAACUUCGAUGGCUCCAGUACCUAUCAGUCGGAGGGAUCCAACAGUGACAUGUACCUGAUCCCAUCUGCCAUGUUCCGGGAUCCCUUCCGUCGGGACCCAAACAAGCUCGUUCUGUGCGAGGUUCUCAAGUACAACAGAAAGCCAGCAGAAAGUAAUCUUAGGAAUUCCUGCCAGAAAAUCAUGUCUAUGGUUUCAAACCAAAUCCCCUGGUUUGGGAUGGAACAGGAGUACACUUUGCUGGGUACAGACGGACACCCCUUUGGAUGGCCUUCCAAUGGUUUUCCUGGACCACAAGGACCCUACUACUGUGGAGUUGGUGCAGACAAAGCUUAUGGUCGCGAUAUUGUAGAGGCCCAUUACCGAGCCUGCCUCUAUGCUGGAAUUAACAUCUCUGGAACAAAUGCUGAGGUUAUGGCUUCACAGUGGGAGUACCAAGUUGGGCCCUGUGAAGGCAUUGCCAUGGGUGACCACUUGUGGAUGUCACGAUUCAUUCUGCACAGGGUGUGUGAGGAUUUUGGCAUCAUUGCCAGCUUUGACCCCAAGCCCAUACCUGGAAACUGGAAUGGUGCUGGCUGCCACACCAACUUCAGCACCAAGACCAUGCGGGAAGAUGGCGGGUUGAAAUUCAUUGAAGAAUGCAUUGAAAAACUGGGGAAGAGGCAUCAGUACCACAUCCGUGCCUAUGAUCCCAAGGGAGGGUUGGACAAUGCCAGGCGUCUGACAGGCUACCAUGAAACCUCCAAUAUCAAUGAGUUCUCGGCUGGAGUUGCCAACAGAGGAGCCAGCAUCCGCAUACCACGUUCUGUUGGCCAAGACAAGAAGGGUUACUUUGAAGAUCGCCGUCCAUCUGCCAAUUGUGACCCCUACGCGGUCACUGAAGCAUUGGUCCGUACAUGCCUAUUGAAUGAGACUGGUGACGAGCCUGUUGAGUACAAAAACUAAAGUAUAAUGGACCUGGCAUCUGUAGCAGUGAUUUCUUCAGAACUCUCCUAUACUGUCCAGGUGCUGAGGGGAAGGGGAGGGAGGUGUUGUUUUGAUUUAUAUUUCUGAACAUUAUUUCUUCUGUAUCUAUCUGGAAGGUGAGGGACAUGUGUGGGCAAGACAUCUAAACUGUUCUUUUAUCUUGAACAGUGAAAGAUAUAUCUUCAAGUUGACUGGUCAACUUCACAUGGACAAUAACCUGUAAUUUAAUGCAGUCAACUUUGAUAUUAAAGCAGGGCUUUUUUUAUUAAAAUACAACAUUAAUAUUUUUUGGUUGAGUGACACUUUCUCUACUAAAAGAAAGUCUCUUGGAUCUGUAGUGAUCCACAGUAAAAUACUAAUACUGUAGGCUGCACAGUUUUACUAAGUUUUAAUGGUAGUUUGCAUUUUCUUCAGAUAAAUUUUCUGCAGUGCUUGGAGAUGUUCUACAAAAUGGCUGGGCUAGUGGUGUUAAACAGUAGUUCAUGACAACCCUGUCAUGAUGACCAAUUCCAUAUUAAAUUAUGUUAAUACUUUGGAGGAACCAUCCUCAAAAUGGGAGCUAGGGUUUCAUGAAAUCAGUCAUACUAUAGUCCUGUACAGUAACAACCUGGUGCAGUCUGGCCAGCUAAUGUAACAGUAGUGCAGGAAGUUCUAGAGCAUCCUAAGUGAUGCCUUGCAUUUAAUGACUAAGCUUAUCCUAAGGAUGAUUCCUUAAAAUAUCAGAUGUGCUUGGCUAAUCUCUGGAUGGGGGAGGAGGGGGUUUGUGGAUCUUAGGGUAUUGUUUAACAAAUAUUUGUAAAGUUGAGCUGUGAUACUAAUUGUGCAUUCUAUUUUUCAAGAAGGAAGGGGUUAAUAGUAACCAAUGUGUGUCUGUCCCUUGUGAGUUAUUGUUUGCUUGACCUUUUUGAUUUAAAAAAAAUAAGGCAUUACGGGGAAAAGUUCAGUUGUAAAAAAUUAUUUCCAAGUUUUUCUGUAGUCCCUGCUGAGGUACAUGUACAGGGAAUAACUCCCAGUGCUACAUUUUUGUCAGUUUCUGAAGCAUGCUGUAAGCAUUGAUGUCUUUUUAACUGUAUUUUGAUGGUACAGAUUUGUUUCAGGGGUUCAACUUUGCUGUAGAUUUUUUUAAUUGAACUUUUUUAAAUUGCUAUCUGAGUCUUGUAUUUUGAAUUGUCAUUGCUAAAAUUUGAGUAAAGUGGAUUUUAAUCA